AUGUCAAUUUUCUUGAGAUCUAGAACUUCCUAGGGUUGGGUAUUGUUGAGACCCAAAAAUACCACAUCUCAAAGUCAGAACACUAGCUCAUCUUCCUCAGAACUGGAAUGCUAGACCCUACCAACAACUCCAACUGUUCUCAAAGUCCUGGGUAUUCCCAUCACUUUAGCAGCUUAAGACAUUGAAUUCGAAGAAAGAGAGAGUGAGCAGCUGACUAUGUGCGAGAAUGCGAUACGGUAGAGGCCCUCGUGAUCGCUUAGAGCCCCUCUUCCAUCAAUAGGUGCAAUAACAAUUGAAGUUAUGAGAGGAUACUGCAAUGCUUUGGGUAGACAUAUGAGGAUAUCAACAUUAUUUUUAAGGUCAAAGCAUACCCUGCCACAAAUUUGUUUGAAGGAAGUAGAUGGUUAUAAUCCAAUGAUGGUACCUGAUCGGUGUAAGCUACUUGAUAAGGUAUCGAUGCUUGUGGGUUUUGAUGGUCUAAGUGAUUUAAUUGACAAUGAAAUGGAUAUGUCCAUAGUAUCUAGAAAGUUUCCAUGCAUUAUUUUGGGAUCUUCUCAACCGGUUGGGUUAUUUGAUGGAGCUGAAUACCACUCCAAGUACAGUGACAUUUUGGCAGCUCAGAUUUGUAAAGAGGUUUUCUCUAAGCCUGAUGAUUCAAAUUUAGUAAAAAUAGAUUUGCUGUUUGGCACAUGGCAAUGUGUGGAGACAUGCUCUCUUGGUGUUGAAUCUUCCCUUACUACAGCCGAAACUAUUGAGGCAGAAGUAAGAGAAAAGUUGCAAUUAGCUGUGGCUAAGCCUUCCACUCAGCCUUCACCUGAGCUCCAAGAGAUUGCUAGAUCUGUGGAUACAAUACUUGAUCAAUGUAUUAGUUGUAUUCCUGGAGUGAGUAAACGCCAUUGUCGUCAGCUAGAAAACUGUGGGUUUCAUACGCUGCGGAAGUUGCUCCAGCAUUUUCCUCGGACCUAUGCUGAUCCACAUAAUGCACAUGUUGGAAUUGUUGAUGGAAAAUAUAUGCUUUUUGUGGGGAAAAUCUUAUCCUCUAGGGGACUCAAGGCUAGUCCUUCUUUAUCAUUUCUUGAGGUCAUUGUUUCGUGUGAAGUCCCAUAUGAUACACCUACAACUAUAUCCAUGACUGGGGGUGCUGAUAAAACUGAUAGUGUUGGUGAGAAAACAAUUUUUUUACAUUUGAAAAAGUUUUUCCGAGGUACCCGAUUUACAUAUCUGCCUUUUCUCAAAAGUCUUCAAGAGAAACAAAAGGUGGGGGAUGUGGUCUGUAUAAGUGGUAAGGUGAGAACUCUUCGCAAAAAAGAUCACUAUGAAAUGAAAGAAUACACGAUGGACAUUCUCGAAGCGGAAGAUGAUUCGUAUACAUGUGCAGAAAGGAGACCAUAUCCUAUAUAUCCUUCAAAAGGAGGUCUCAAACCAGUCUUUAUCCGAGAGAUUAUUUCAAGAGUGAUAAAGUUCCUUCCUGUCAAUAUUGAUCCUAUUCCAGAAGAAAUUCGUCAUAAUUUUGGACUUCCGUGCCUUUAUAAUGCGUUUGCUGGGAUUCAUCAGCCAAAAAGCCUACUGGAUGCUGAAUUAGCUCGCAAAAGGCUUAUAUUUGAUGAGUUUUUCUAUCUCCAGCUGGGGCGGCUGUUUCAAAUGCUUCAAGGUCUAGGCACUAAACUAGAAAAAGAUAGAUUGCUGGACAAGUGCAGGGGAGCUGAACCUAACAUGAUAGAUGUAGAGGAAUGGUCCACUCUUACGCAGAAAGUUAUGAAAUCUCUUCCGUAUUCCCUAACAUCCAGUCAAUUAGCAGCUAUUUCAGAAAUAAUAUGGGACCUAAAGCAGCCAGUCCCGAUGAAUAGACUCCUUCAGGGUGACGUCGGAUGCGGGAAAACUGUGGUGGCAUUUCUAGUGUGCAUGGAGGUUAUUUCUUCAGGCUAUCAGGCAGCAUUUAUGGUCCCAAAUGAGUUGCUAGCAGUGCAGCAUUAUGAGCAUAUUGUAAAAUUGCUAGAUGAUGUUGAGGAACUAGACUGCAAACCUUCUGUUGCUUUGCUCACAGGCUCGACUCCGUCAAAACAAUCACGAUUGAUUCGCAUGGGUCUACAAACUGGAGAUGUCUCUUUGGUCAUUGGUACCCAAAGUUUGAUUGCUGAAAAUGUGCAAUUUUCGGCUUUAAGAAUUGCUGUGGUAGACGAGCAACAUCGAUUUGGAGUAGUCCACAGGGGACUGUUUAAUGGCAAGCUACUCUUCGACUCUAAAAGUUCCAAGAUGCUAUCAACCGAGCAAGACGACUCCUCUAACAGCAAUGUGCUUAUGGCACCACAUGUUUUGUCUAUGUCAGCCACUCCCAUCCCUAGGUCACUUGCUCUAGCAUUGUAUGGAGACAUGUCCUUAACACAGAUCACAGAUCUGCCUCCUGGAAGAAUACCCGUGGAAACACAUGCAAUCGAAGGAAAUGAACGUGGGUUUGAGGAGGCAUACAAGAUGAUGAUGGGGGAAUUGGAAGCAGGGGGGAAAAUAUAUGUUGUAUAUCCAGUUAUUGAGCAAUCUGAACAACUGCCUCAGCUUCGUGCUGCUGCAUCUGAACUCGAAACAAUUUCUAGUAAGUUCUCAGCUUAUAGGUGUGGGCUAUUGCACGGGAAAAUGAAGAGUGAAGAAAAAAGUGAUGCUCUACGUCAGUUUAGAACUGGAGAGACUGAGAUACUGCUAUCGACUCAAAUUAUUGAGAUAGGUGUUGAUAUCCCAGAUGCAUCUAUGAUGGUUGUAAUGAAUGCUGAGCGGUUUGGAAUAGCACAAUUGCACCAACUUAGGGGACGAGUUGGACGCGGACAUAGGAAGUCUAAGUGUGUAUUGCUAGCAUCUACAACCAGCGGCUUUAAUCGGGUGAAGGUGCUUGAGAAGUCAUCAGAUUGCUUCUAUCUCGCAAAUAUGGACCUUUUGAUGCGAGGACCUGGAGAUUUGCUUGGUAAAAGACAGUCUGGCCACCUUCCUGAGUUUCCCAUUACCAGAUUAGAAGUCGAUGGAAAUAUGAUACAGGAUGCUCAUCUGGCUGCACUGCAAAUUUUGGCUGAUUCUAUUGAUUUAGAGAGAUAUCCCUACCUCAAAGCGGAGAUCAGCAUGCGACAGCCCCUAUCACUUCUAGGGGAUUAAGCUACAGUUGUUAUGUGAAUCUCAUGCGCCAUGUUAUGUAGCCUGAUGCUCUCUAGUUGUUAUUUUUUUGUAUAUACCUGUGAAUUGUUGUACGGAGUCUGUUGUAUUCAAAUAUAUUUCCAUGCAAUGGACUAUAUUGCAACUGCAGUAACUGAUUAACUGACUCGGCCAUGCAUUUCUUUCUUUCCUAGGUCUAGUCUCAAAAUUCGAUGGUUCUGAGAUAAAUUUUGUAGAAACAAUCAUGAACAAAGUUUUGAAAUGGUGAUAUAUAUUAAAAAGUAUAUGGCC